AUGUCUUCUCGUCCGGAGCUCAAUGCCCAUAAAUUUUUUGCAGAUCGCUUCGCCGCUGUCCUCGCUCAGCAGGGGAACUCUCCCCGCCAAGUGUCGUCUAUGGGCUUUGGAGCCUUAGCCAUCACCGAUGGCUCGCCUUCUGCUGCUGCAGCUUCCGCUGCAGUUCCUUCUGCCCCCGCGUCCCCUGCUGCGGUUACGACCCCUCUCUCCUCUGGCCAACAGGAGGUCAGACCUGCUCCUGUUGGCCCUUUGCAAGCUUCGGGUCAGUCCGCUACUGUGGUGGAAAUCGACGAUGAUGAUGAAGAGAUGGAUGGUGAUGAGGAGGUGGUUGGUGUUCGUCGUGGCGAAGAGACGGGUGUGUUGGUUGAUGAUGGUGAGACGGGUGGUGCAGAUGAUGAUGAUGAGAUGGGUGAGGUCGAUGAAGAUGAGGAAAUCCUCAGUGUUGAUCUCGGUGAUCCGGCGCUGUUUGAGGAUAGAGAAACUUGGGUGUCAGAGUUGGAAAAGUUAAGCCCUGUUCGUGAUAAUGAGGGGUCUCCCGAAUUCCGCGUACGGCUCCAGACUUCUUUCGGGAAGAAACGGGUUGCGUAUCGGGAGAAGAUGGAUACUCUGGCUGAGAUUAAAGCCGAGAAACGUCGCCGUUCCCCUUCCGCCCACGACGAAGUAACUUGGACCAUCAGCGAGAGGCUCAGAAACAGUCUCCGCUUCGACGCCAAUCACUCCAUCGACGACAGUUACCGCUUCACCUUCAUCACUCGGACCGAUAUCAUACUCUACAACGAUAUCGUCGUCCUCACCACCGUCUGCUCCGACGUCAUUUACACCCAAUCCGACUCGAAAAAUACCUACUCCUUCCUCAUCAUCCCCUACAACAUCGACCCCUUCAUCCUUCUCUCCUCUUCCCCCAACUAUCAUAACCUCGACACCUAG